CAACCCAAUUCCUUUUGACAAUCGCUAACAUACCUUUGAAAAGAAUUCAACUUUUGCUUUCCUCGCCUUCCCUUCCCACUGGGCUUUCCACACGCUUUCUUUGACACGACUUUGCUUUCACCCCUGCCUCUUGUCAAUUCCAGGCUUCUUUCCAAUUCAUAUAGUGCUGAAUUUCCCCAGUUUGAAGUUGUUCUUGCUUCAUCAAUGGAUACUCAACCGGAGAAGGUCUACGUCGCCCUCGGAGAUGAUCCAGAUGACGGAUGCAAGGUCCUGGACUGGACCCUCAAGAAAUGGAAUUCCCGACCAAUCUCCAUAGUCAUUCUCUAUGUCCCCUACAACACUUCCAAAGACGAUCUUGUUCGCACUCCAUUCGGAAAGGUUCCUGCGAGUACUGUGAGCGAAGAGAAGGUAGAAAUCAUCAGAAAGUUUGAGCAAGGAAAGAUAGACAGAUUACUAUCCACAUACAUAGCUUUCUGUUGCAAGGUAAAAGUAAAAACGGAAAUCUUGAAAUAUGAAGAACCCAUCCACAAGCUCCUUGUUGAUUCUAUCUCCCGAUUCCGAAUCACCAAACUGGUCUUGGGGAUUAGCUUCAUGAAAUGUUCAUCCUGGAAAUUGAAGAGUGCAAUCACUGGAUCAUUCUAUGUUCACCAGCACAAACCUGAAUUCUGCGAGCUGUUUAUCAUCUGUGGAGGGAAACAAGUGUAUGAAGAAGGAUGCCUAGAGGAUGAUCAAGGAAUUCCGGUUACAAAGCUGAAAGAUAAUCUUUUUCUUAGAAGUUUCUCAAGAAUGUUCUCUGAUAAUUCCAGGUCGAAAUCUGGCCACCGUCCAUCCACCUCGAGUGUGGAUUCACAGAAUGAAUGGGAAUCCGAUAUCCAGGAGAUUGAAAGCUAUUUCCAACACUUGUCGUCAUUGAAUUUGGAUGAGGAAAAAUUGGAGGAAAGGAGUGACAGUGUCGAAACCAGCCCAAUUCAGGAAGAUGUGUCCGGUAAUCCAGCCUUGAACAUGCACAAUUUGGCGGAGAAACAAGAAUAUCUGAGAAGUAGAAUCAAUGAAGCUGAAGAGACGAUUCAGAUGAAGAAGAAAGAGGUAAAGGAGAACGCUGACAGACGUUCUAAAGCUGAAUGGGCUGUUUCUCUAUGCACUGCUCGGGCUGUAGAUCUGGAAGCCCGAACGAAGAAAGAGAUCGGAAAUCAGUCGGAGAUACAGAAGAGCUUGGAUUUGGAGAAGGAACAGCUUUAUGAACUGAGAAAGGAUGUGGAAGAGAGCAAGAGCAGGUUGAGAUCGUUGACUGAACUCGAAUCUGAGUUAUCAAGCAAGUUACAGGCGUUGGCUCUGGCGAGAGCGCAGGGGGAGGCGCGGUUGGAGAAGGCGGUGAGGACGAGAAUGGAGACGAUUGGGGAAAUUGAGGAGCUACGGCGACAGAGAGAUGUUUUCCAGAGGAGAAUCGAGUUCUGCAGAGAGAAGGACGCGAUCGAGACGGUUUCGAAGAUGAAUAAAGCGAGAUGCGUUUACAGAGAGUACACGGCGGAGGAUGUCCGAGUGGCGACGGAUGAUUUCUCGGAGCGCCAAAGAUUGAAGUGCGGUGGCGAUUGGACGAGCGUUUACCGGGGACGGAUCAACCGUUCACCGGUUGCAGUCAAAAUGUUCGGAUUUGUCCGUGGAUUUUCCGAUGAACAUUUUCAAGCUCUGGUUAGGCUUCUGAUGGAAAUCCGGCAUGCGCAUGUAGUCCCCGUGAUGGGUUCCUGUGCUGAACUCAAGUGCAUUAUUUUCGAGUACAUGCAGAAUAGGAGCCUAAGGGAAAUUCUGUCUACCGGCCGAGGGAAUGUUCGGAAAAUAAACCGAGGUCUCCGGUGGCAUGACAGGUUCCGGAUAGCUUACGAGAUAGGUUUGGGUUUGAGCUUUGUACAUUCGGCUCAGCCGACGCCUAUUGUUCAUGGCAACCUUACCCCUGCCAGCAUCCUCCUAGACCGGAACCUUGUGGCGAAGAUCACCGGAUUUGGGCUCCCUGAGAAUGAUGAUUAUAAACACGACGUGAGAUCAGACGUUGGGGCAUUUGGGGUUCUACUGCUGCAAAUUCUAACGGGAAGAAACUGGCCGGGGCUCGUUGAAGAUGCCAUGACCAUGGACCAUGCUGCCUUGGUUCGAGUAUUAGAUGAGACAGCAGGGAAAUGGCCACCGGAUUUGGCAGGGGAACUGGCUAGGAUAGCAAUAAGAUGCGCAUCUGUUAAUAGAGAGCCCAAUUCAGAAUUGCAGAUAGCAAACGUGAUGGGGGAGCUGGACGAGCUGAGGAAGAAGGCUGACAAUGCAAUGGCAAGAGAUGGAGAUGAAACCGGAGAGGAUCCCGGCGAGGCACCAAACUAUUUCCUCUGCCCGAUAUACAAGGAGGUGAUGAAAAAUCCACAUAUAGCAGCCGACGGGUUCUCGUAUGAAUUGGAAGCUAUAGAGGAAUGGUUCGGGACUGGGCGCGAUACCUCGCCAAUGACAAUCUUGAGGCUGAGGAACAAAACCCUGACCCCAAAUCACAACCUCCGAUUCCUCAUCGAAGAAUGGCAGCAAAAGAGAUCAACUGCAGCCGAAGUGUAAAACAUUUUCAAUCCUUUUGUACAUCAACAGCAAGCUUCACUUUCUUUCUGGGCUCAUCAGAAGAAAGUAAAUAUACACAAACAAAACAUUAUGGUUGGGUUUCGUAUUUCUAUCUCUGGUACAUGAAUCUCAUUCUGUAAAAGAAUCAACAAUAUGUAUUUCAACUGUCACUAACCCGUGCUGUCUCCAGGCUCCCUUCUGUUCAACCUGGGGAAUAGCCAUCAACACUCCUAACCAUCAUGCUCGGUUGGCCAGAAAAAAAAAAAAUGCUAUGCGCCGAAACAUCUUGCACGAGAAAAACACAAUGAAACUUUUCUUGGCAGGGAAUACUCUGCUUGCAAAGAUGGAUCAGCAGCCAUGUCUUCAGCACGUGACCAUAUGUACACUCCUCGUUCUUGUCUGUUGCCAGGAACAGUGUUGUCCAGCACAAAUGCAAUCAACAGAGUAACUACCAUGUUCAAAGACAUGAGUGCAUUUAUUGCAAAAUCAAGCUGACACAUGCAUGAAGUACAACGUUAGUCUCUCUCAGAUAAAAAGGGAAAACUAAAAGGUUGCAUAUGAUAAAAUCAAGUAAUAUAUGGUAAGUGGCAUAGUGCAUGUCCAUGCAGACAUUUAAAAGGAAAAGGGAAACAACUCUAGUCAGCCAUUUUUUUUUUUUGUUUUUGCCAGAAUAACUUUAGCCAGUUAAAUAGAUGAUUUUAGGCCUGAUACCGUUGGCUUCCUCGGUCUAUGCUUAGGGACAACAGGGUGGUUAGCAAUUUUCUGUGACGCUAGUUUGGCCAAAGGUCCAAAUACGCAUGAUAUUGAAAAUGUAGAUGCUUUUAGAUUUACAUAGUGAUUUUAGAAUCUUCAACUGCCAGUUUUACCAGAAAAUUUGUUCGAGUUGGGAGAGGUUUUCUUCAAAUUGUUGUGUGAUACGAUCUUGUCUGAUGAAAAUGUAGAAAUACAGUUUUACUGAACAC